AUGGCUCAUAAUCACAUCCCCACCGAUUCUCCUCUCUCUCGUCGCAUAGUUCGUGCCUUUAUCCGCUUCCUGAAUUCUGUCGAAUCGGUUCGUGGGGUUGAUGCUGAGGAGAUUGAGGUUGCUAGAGAGUGUUUGACAGAGGCUUUUAAGCUUAAUUCAUAUCCUGUGGCUGGUGAUGUGAAAUCUGAUUCUUUGAUUGACAUAUUCAAGUCUCUUGAAGCUAACAAGCAAUGUGAAACUAGUAAGUCAGAUGUUGGUACUCGACGGGAUUGUGCAAAUGCUUCCAGUUCAUUCCCUGGUGAGAAUCCUGCUCGUGGGAUGAGUUAUUCUGAGGCGUCAAAAUCUACGCAGCAAAUAACAGCUUUUUUCUCUUGGACAGAAUUGGCACAGAUAGCUGGAAGUAAUAAUAAAACUGAAAGUGUUAAGGCAUCAGAUAAAGAUUCAACACAGGAACCUCGUGCUUUUGUGUCUAAAGAUGACCUGUGUGGCCAAUUCUUUGCUGCUCUGGAGAAAAAUAACUAUUUUAGGAGAAAUACUGAUGGGAGUGAUGACCCGGUGCAACUGGAGAAAGCAUCUUCUUUAUUUGACGAGGCUUGUAAGAUUCAAAGAAUCAACAAGGGAUUUGGUGGAAGGAGAGAAUUGCUCAUAUUGCAUAAAAGAAUCAGGAAGAUAUUGAGUGAUAUGAAAGUUUACAUCAUAGGAAUGGGAAGAUCUUGA